AUGGCUUUCGGGCAUCUUGGGCUCCUUGGCCCGAUCUUUCGUGCGAAGUCACCGGACUGCUGGGCCACUUGGACCUGCUGGGACUGUCCAGCUGGAAAGAGGCGUGACUGGGCGACCAAAAGACAGAAAAAGGACAUUUUUGUUGAAGGGAAGAUCUACAGGACACAUCUGGAAAGCAUGUUUUCGAGCCCAGAAACUAUGAGGUGGCCUGCAAACUUUCCCCUUAAACCGCUUCAGCGUGGGGGCUUCUUUUACACACCCUUCGACACCUUCGCAGGGUUUGGGUGGACUCAAGGGGGCUGUGGUCCGGCAGACUGCUUUGAUACAUUUUCCGCUGCUGGUUUCAAGGCUUACACCAUUUCUCAAAUGUAA